UUGCAAUCAGCCGCUCACACCAGCACCCACUCACCACAUAUCAUGGACGUCGCCCGCCUCGUCCGGACGCAUGUGACGUCGUCGGACCUCGACCCGAGCGGCGAGCUGGUCGACUGCAUCAACGCCGGCAACGCGCAGCUGCUCGACGUCGUCAAGGCGCUCGGCGAGUUCCUCACCUCGACCGAGGACGACGUGCGGCUGAAGGGCCUCACGUUCCUCUCGAAUCUUAUCAAGAAGGUCAACCCGGGCAAGAUCAACCGGCCCGCAGCCCGUACCCUCACAAACUUCUACCUCGCCAAGCUGGACGACUUUGACUCGCUCCCGCCGACGCUGGACGCGCUGCUCGUGCUGUCCAAGCUGGCGACGUUUGACGACGACACGGCGGUGGAAGUGUACCGCGAGAUCGUCGAAAACGUCAACAUGAAGGCAUACACCCAGAGCGUGCGGCACCAGGUGUACCUCCUCUUCGACUCGUUCCUCACGCACCACCGCGAGGCGCUCAAGAAGAUGGGGCCCGACUUCAUCGCGAGCUUCGCCAAGAUGGUCGACGGCGAGAAGGACCCGCGCAACCUUAUGCUCCUAUUCCAGCUGGACCGGGUCAUCCUCCUCGAGUUUGACGUCAAGGCGCAGAUUGACGACAUCUUUGACAUCACGUUCUGCUACUUCCCCAUCACGUUCCGCCCGCCCCCGAACGACCCCUACGGCAUCACGGCCGACGACCUCAAGCUCGCCCUGCGCGCGUGCAUGGCCGCCUCGCCGUACUUUGCCAAGGCGGCCAUCCCGCUCUUCCUCGAGAAGUUCGUCACGGCCGCCGGGCCGACGCUGCGCGACCUGCUCUUGACGAUGGCGGCCUGCUUCCCCGUGUAUGGCAAGGACGCGGUCGGCGAGCGCGGCGAGGAGCUGUGGGAGGUGCUCAAGACCGAGGUCUUCUACUCGUCCAGCUCGUCGAUCGAGUCGGCCGCCCUCCAGGCCCUCGAGUCGCUCAUUCGCACCCUCUACCCCACGGCCACUGACACCCCGGCCGGCCUCGCGCAGACCAUCAUCAAGCAAUGCCUCGAGGGCCUCAAGGAGCCCGAGAAGAACCAGGCGGCCGGGUCGGCCAAGUCGCUCGCCGCGUUCAUCCGCGCGUCGCCCUCCGCCGGCCCCUUCGCCUACUCCCAGGCGCUGCCCCAGCUCUUCAGGCAGUUCAACAACCCCGCGCUGCCAUCCCAGCGUGUGCCACUGCUCAGCUCCAUCACCACCCUGCUCAUGGCUGCCAAGUCGGUGUAUGCCGCGCCUGGGGCUGAGCGCAGGCAGGAGCAGGAACGCAGUCUCGAGCCGUUCCGUGAGCCACUGUUCGACGUCCUCCGCGAGGGCUUGCGGACCGACGGGCUCAAGACGGCCGCUGUGCGCGGCAGCGUGUCGCUUGCUGAGAUUCCUGGGUUCUGGGGCCGCCAGGAGGUCGAGGAGAUCGUGCAGCUCAUGAACGACCUCCUUGUCAAUGACCACGACGAGGAGAUUCAACGCGCCGUUCUCGAUGGCCUCAAGACCAUUGCCGAGAAACACGCCGACGUCGUCCAGUCCGUCACACUUCCCCUCCUCUUCCACACGUUGCCUGAGCAGGCGCCGGCCGAGAACGACUUUGAAGGGCGGGACAAGUACCGCUCCAUCUUGUCAUCUCUUUCCGAGCUGUGUGUCCUCCCCUCGCUGUUCGAGACGCUCGUGGUUCGCAUCACGACCAAGCUCGACCUCCUCUCGUCUGCAGGCGCCGACGCUGAGCAGACACCGAGCGAGCGGGAAACGACCGUCGCGUACGCCUGGGACCUGCUCAACACUCUGCGUAGCGUCUUGGACCAGAAGCUGGCCGCCAAGCACGUAGACGUCGCCCGCCACUACGCGCAGAUUGUUCCCCGUCUCUUCGGUUUGGUCGUCAGCGCGGCCCUGCCCCGCGCCGACCGCCACGUUCCACUGUUCCGCGACCACCGUUUGCUCGUUGUCGUCGCGUCAAUAGCCGAGGCCUUGUUCUGGGAGCAGCCUGAGGAGAAGCAGUCCAAGAUCUUCGAGACGGCGCACUCUGCCUUCGAGUCGGGAGACCUUACGGGUGUUGUGUUCGACGCUGCGAGCGCGAAGACCGCGGCCCCGAGGUCACCGUUCCGACCUGACGCCACAUCGCCCGAGCAGGAUCUUAUUGUGCUCUACACGGCCCUCGUGCGCGGCCUCAAGCCCAAGACGCCUCUGCCAUUCCUCUCUGCCCCCGAUCUACUCACGUCCAAGAUCCAGUGGGCAGUUCACGUUGCGCGCGACGAGUUCCAGCUGCGCACGGCGCUGGACCUCAUCACCGCGUAUGUGAACAAGCGUGUUGGAGACUUUGGCGAUGCGCUCGGCCCCAUCCUUGAGAGGAUCUGCAUGGUGGACAUCCAGGACACUGCUCAGCCGUUUGAGAUUCGCCGCAGGGGCUUGUUGGUGUACCUCCAUAUUGCCAAGGCACUCGCCCUCCUGCGCAACGAGCUCGCCUACGCUGCCGUCGACCGCGUAAUUGAGAUUCUCGUCUUGUCCAACCUCGACCCCGUGUUCGUUGACGAGGCUGCUCGCGGAUUCGCUGUCCUCGCCGACGCCGGCAAGCCGAAGGGCAAGGGCCGACCCAACCACCUCGUCGUCAAGCUGCUGCACGCGCAGAAGCUGUGGAGCUUCGUUCUCCCCAAGCUGAUUGAGGGCGAGAAGGAGGCAGAGGGAGCGAAGCGACUCGUCUACCUUGUGGCGUUCGCCUCGCUCCUGCCUCUGGUCCCUUCCACUGUGCUCCUCUCCAACCUCCCAACUCUCCUCCCCCUCCUUCUCCGCUCGCUGUCCCUCCCCAACCCAGCUCAGCGGGCAAACGUCAUCACCACCCUCACAUCCAUCCUCGAGACUGCCAACUCGUCGACGGCGACCGACACGCUACUGCACGAGCAGGCCGAAGCCAUUGUGGACGGGUUCUUGAAGUCGGCGCUGCGAGAGGACGGCGUGGAGACAUCAGGUGCUGUCCGCUCCGCCGCGCUGCUCGGUCUCGGAGUGUUCCCCGACUCGAUCCGGUACGAGACGCUGCGAGGUGCCAAGGCACGCGUUGUGCGGAGCCUGGGCUUGGCGCUCGACGACCCGCUCCGCGCUGUGCGUCGCGAGGCAGUGGACACGCGUGCCAAGUGGUACAGACAGCAGACGGUCACCAUGGCGCCCGUCACCCUGCCGCCGUCCUUUUACAACUCGUUCUGGAGCCCAGACUACCGCACCGGCCUGGAUGUGCUGUUCGGCCAGCUCGAGUCGGGCGUGAUUGAGAACAGCGACAUUGCGGCGUUCAUCGAGUCACAAGCCCGCGCUCACCACAACCUCGCCGCGGCGCUCCUCGAGCCCCCGCUCAACGCCAACCGCCAGAGCACGUCGUCGCUGCAGCACACGCUGCUCUCGCUCAAGGGCGCGUCGAGUGCGCGCGGCGAGGCGCACCGCGCACUCGCGCUCGAGCUGCAGGAGCACGUCCUCCUCCCGUUCAACGGCUGGCGGGCGCGCCACGAGGGCCGCAUCGAGGACGCGCGCGACGAGUUCCUCGCAAAGGGCGGCGUCGUGAGCACCUGGGAGAAGGAGGUGCAGCGGCUCAUGGGCCUCCGCCAGGCGUACGCUGCCAAGAGCCGCGCUGCCGACGACAGCGAGGACGAGGCCAAGUUUGCUGGCGCCGCCGCGACCCAGCUCGCACCGCCCGAUAGCUACACCGCUUCACCGCCACCAAAGCACUCGCCCCUCAAGCGCUCUGGCACGGUCGCAGACAGAAUCACAGAGAAGCUCCGCGCGGCCCACAUUCGCAAUGGCAGUGUCACGGACGACAAGGACCUCCCUCCGGCUCCUGGUGGUGGUGCUGGUGCUGAGCCGGCGUCGCCUUCGCCGCUGGCGCGCCUCCGCCCCGUCGACCCCGUGGCUGACACCGACUCGCCGUCGAGCCCCAAGGAGGAUGCAUUCAUCCCGCCUACUGACCCCGAUGGAUUGCCCCUCCUCAGCGCCGAGUUUGUCCCUCCUGUGCCCGGCAAGGACGGCGAGUCGCCCCUCUCGCCCCGCCGCGACCCCCGCGAGCAGCCGCUCCUGCUAUCUGGCCUGUCGCUCACGGCCAAGGGCCUCGGCCAGCUCCUCGGCAAGUUUGACCACUAUCUCAACACGCACCCAGCCCCUGGCACCCUCGUGGACAAUGACCUGCCUACCACGCGUCAGGCGCUCGCGUCUCGCCAGCACAGCACAAUCAUCGGCACGUACGAGAAGACGUUUACCGGCGAGGAGGUCGUCACGUGGCUGCAGAACAAUAUCGAGGGCUUCGGUGGCGAGUGGGACCGUUGUCUCGACGCCGCUGGCGAGCUCCAGCGCAUGGGCCACUUUAGCCGUACUGGUGUCGGCCGCGGUUUCGACCCGUCUGACGACACGUACUACACGCUGCGUCUGGUCCCCGACAACAGCUCCCUCCCCAACCUCCCCACCUCGCUCACCAACUCGGUCCGCGACCUCAACAUCCAGACCUCGAGUCUCACUUCCCAGGUCACUUCCCAGGUGACGGCCACUACGUCGUCAGCCGCGGCUCACAUCCCCACCUGGGCUAAGAACUACCUCGGUGGCAUUGGCUCGGCUAACUCGGAUGACCCGCCCUAUGUCCGCCUUCGCCGCGAAGCCGCCAAAGCUGACCAGGCUUAUCACGACGGCGUGCGUGAGACCGAGACCAAGCGUCUCCAGAUGGAGGAGAAGAUUGAGCGUGGUCUGCGUCUGUGGGAGAGGUGGGAGCGUGAGCGUCUCGGCGUCGUGCGCACCGUCCUCAAGCACUACGAGGACACGCUCGCCAAGCUCCCCAAGCGCCUGGCCGACCUCCAGGAGGGCACGGCGCUCGCCGUCGAGGCCUACAACCCCGAGGCCGACUUAAAAGCCCUUAUCGAGGGCAGCCGUACCGGCCCCUUCCGCCCCCGCCCGCACAUUUACGAGUCGGUCGAGGGCGAUGUCCCCGACGUCAACUUUGGUAUCGACCUGCGCCGCUGGGCCGGUGAUGGUGCUUGGAAGCAGAUCGUGGCCGAGCCCAAGCGCGCAAAGGAUGCCAUCCCUGACAUUCUCGAGGGUCUCCUCGUCGGCAUCAAGGACCUCGGCGCCGAGGUCAACGACGACGAGCGCCGCAAGGCCUGGAUCUACGAGGUGCCGCUCGAGGAGCUGCAUGCGCUCCGCGGUGCCAUCAACAACUCGAAGCUGUCAGCCGACGACAUUACCGAGACGUCCAAGAAGUUCAACCUGCCCAUUGCCGCCGGGACCCUCAAGCUGUGGCUUCUCGAGCUCAACCCGCCCGUGCUUGGAUGGGAAGGCUGGGAGGACGCAAAGGCCAUCUACCCGUCUGUUGGUGCCGACCAGGAGCGUGACAUGUCCAGUGCGGUGACGUCGGUGCUCAACCGUCUUCCUGCGCCGCAGCUGUUCAGCCUCAACGCUGUGGUCAGGCAUCUCAAGGACCUUAUCACAAGCACCAAGUCGGAGAAGGACGACGACAAGACGUACACGACAAAACUCGCCCUCUCUAUUGGCCGAAGCCUCCUCCGCCCGCAGUACGAGACCGAGCUCACGAUCCAGGACCGCACGCCAAGUCUCUUCCUUGUCGAUCUCCUUGAGCACUACGACACCGUGUUCCCUGCGCUUCUCGAGAAGAAGAAGACGCAGCAGGAGCUUGUGCUUCCCCAGCGCAAGCGGACUGCCCUCGUUGACCAGCGUAUCUCUCGAAGCCGCCUCAGCGAGUCGACAGAUCCCCAGGAGCUCCUUCAGCAGCAGCGUGCUCUGCAGUCGCAGCGCGGCGCCGAAGACGAUGUGCCACCGGUGCCUGCACUUCCCAAGACGGAGGAGCCUGCGACUGUCGCUGAGCCGACCCCAGCUGCGGAGCCUUCCGCUGCGGAGGCCACGACGACGCCUGUGAUUGCCGAGCCCACACCUGUUGUUGCUACCGCGGGCGAGACAAGACCAGAGACCCCGCCUAUCGCUCGCAAGACGCCUUCGCCUGCUGCUCGCUCUCCUGCUGCUACCACUGAGGAUGAGCCGAUUGCCGGCUCUGUGGGUGGCCUUAAGCGCAACACGUCUCACGAGACGUCGCGUCUUCGUGGUCCCAGAGGUGCGCGCGGUCCUCGCGCGGCGCCUUCUCACCAGUCCAAGGGGUCUGUUAGUCAGAUUGCGGCCCAGUUCGAAGGCAGCAAGUAGAGUUGCCUUUCCGUUGAUAGCUUUUGUUGAUAUCCGUGGUGGUGUCAUGCCAUUUUGUAAAGUGAGAGG